UUGUUUAGCACUGAGGUGCCAGGUAUGGCUGACAGCAGCAGCUCAGAAAGCACAGUGAAAUGCCCUGUUUGUGCCCAGGAGAUGCCAACAGCGGCCAUCAACAGCCAUCUUGACGGUUGCCUGGACAUGAAGCCAAGCGGGGCGAUCCCUAAGAAAAGGCGUCUCUCCUCAAACGAGGGCACAGAGGGGGCCGAUACCUAUGGGAAGAUCCUUGGCUCAGCAACGCCCAGUUUUUCAGUGUUCCAGAAACAUAUGACCGCUGAACGCUUACAUGAGGAGACCCCAUCUAAGUCCCCCUUUUUUCCCAUUACAUCCCCUAAGAGGACUGACAUGAAUCAUAAAUGGAAAGAUAUCAAUGCAGGAUCCAGUUCUGAGGCUAUAAAGAGAGAACAGCAAAUGGCGCACCAGAGCCAGCACAUACAAGACCACCCAAAAGAGAAGACUAUGGCGGAGAAACUGGAUGGCAAACCACUAGCGGACAAAUUGAGACCUUGCAAACUGCAAGAUUACAUGGGUCAAGAUAAGAUUCUAGGAGAAGACGCCAUGCUCCGAAAACUGUUACAAGCCAAUGACAUUCCCUCUGCCAUCUUGUGGGGGCCUCCUGGCUGUGGCAAGACAACGUUGGCUCACAUAAUUGCCAAAAAUACCAACAAAAACAAUACGCGCUUUGUAACUCUGUCUGCCACAAGUACUUCCACCAAUGAGGUACGAGAGGUCAUCAAACAUGCCCAAAAUGAGCUGAAACUCUUCAAAAGGAAAACCAUCCUCUUUGUGGAUGAGAUUCAUCGUUUUAAUAAGCUACAACAGGACACUUUUCUACCACACGUAGAGUGUGGGACAAUCACUCUAAUCGGAGCAACAACGGAGAACCCUUCGUUCCAGGUGAACAAUGCGUUAUUAAGCCGCUGCAGGGUUAUCGUUUUGGAGAAGCUUUCUGUGAAUGCGAUGGAGGCUAUCUUGAAGCGAGCUGUAGAUUCCCUGGGAAUCCAAGUUCUAAGAGAGGAUGAGCAGGCUGAGUGCAGUAUCAGCGAUGCUUCAGAAUCUGAAAUGUUUAUAGAGGAUAAAGCUCUAACAACUUUAGCACAUCUCUGUGAUGGUGAUGCCAGAACUGGUCUGAAUGGGCUGCAGCUUUCAGUUCAAGCUAGACUUGCAGCAGGAGACGAUCCACAGAAGCAAAGAAUGAUUAUAAAGGAGGAGCACAUUAAGGAGGGCUUACAACGCUCCCAUAUUCUCUAUGACCGAGCUGGAGAAGAACACUACAACUGUAUAUCAGCAUUACACAAGUCUAUGCGAGGAUCUGAUCAGAAUGCCUCUUUGUAUUGGCUCGGUCGAAUGCUUGAAGGUGGUGAAGACCCCCUUUAUGUGGCUAGACGACUUGUAAGAUUUGCAAGUGAAGAUAUAGGUUUAGCUGAUCCCUUGGCUUUAACUCAAGCAGUGUCAGCUUAUCAAGCCUCCCAUUUUAUUGGAAUGCCGGAAUGCGACGUCAUAUUGGCUCAGUGUGUUAUGUAUUUAGCCCGAGCACCUAAAUCAGUUGCUGCUUAUAGUGCAUACAAUAAAGUGAAGGAGUGCUUGAAGAACCAUAAGGGGCCACUUCCACCAGUUCCACUCCAUCUGCGGAAUGCUCCCACUAAACUGAUGAAGAAUUUGGGUUAUGCUAAAGGCUAUAAGUAUAAUCCUCUCUUUAAGGAACCAGUAGAGCAAGAUUACUUUCCUCCAGAACUAAAGGGGAUCAAAUUUGUUUGAUCUAGAUAUCUCUGCUUUAAAUAUGUUCUGUGAACAUAUUGUGAUGUAAAUAUAAUUUCUCAAAUCUGCAGUUAUUGCUGUCUGUGCGCUUUCAA